AAGCCAUACAACUCUGCAUGUUCAGACAAAAUUUACACGAUGAUGCUCACUUGCUGGGAGGCUGUGCCAGACAAGAGACCUUCUUUCAAGACAUUGUACAACAAUGGCUCAAAGAUUAUCGAGGGAAUAGCUGGUUAUUUGGAAAUUGGAUUUAACCCGUUCACUGCAGAAACAUCAUGCGGAGAAGAUGGAGGAAGGGCAGCUACUGAGGGUGGUGUCAUGCAGGAGGGGAGGAAGGAAUAGUAACAGUGAACCAUUUCACUUAUUUUGACCCAGUUAGCUAUAAAAAUAACUUGCCAAAUAUAGAGUUAGCUACGAACACAGAUUGUUUUGUCCACCUAGUAACUACACAAGAGUCACGUAGGGUCU